UGGGUUAUUAUUUAAUAUUGAGGCGGAAAAUGAGAUGUAGUGGUAGUGGAAGGCGAAGGAAGAGGGUCAGAGGCAAAAUCAAAACGGCAAAUCUUUCAUAUUCUCCUUUGUUUUUGUAGUAAGAAGCAGCCUUUCCUUACCGUCUUCCCUUUUCUCAACUGCCUUUCUCCUUUUCUUCGAUCAAUUUCGUCUCUUUUUCCAUUCCACCCACUACCUUCGACCCACAUACAGAAUCCCAAGCGGGUUCUUUCGUUUGUUUCAAAUCUCUUCCUACUUCAUCUUAUCACUCCUCGCUUACCCUUUUGAUUUUCGCUCACUUGGGUCUAGAUUGAACUAGAUCUUCCUGUUUCAAUCUGGGUUUUGUUSUUAUUUGCUUCGAGGCGCUCCGAGGCGGCAUUCGGUUUUGAUUUUGCCUCAUUUUGACCGGAGCUUUGGGGGGUCUGAUUUGAUUUUGAUUUUUUUUGGAGGGAUUCUUUUAAUACCCAGCUUUGGUUGGGAUUUUGAUUCUGGGGAUUGUUUGACGGGAUUUUGAAGUUGGAUUUUCUUCGUGAUGAGCGAUGYUGACCUUCAGAGUUUGGCUUUGAAGUAAUAUGGAAGUGGUUGUUACGCGCAUUCAAAAUGAAUCUUUACAUUGGUCGCGAAGCGUCAAAGCUUUGGAAAAGAUUCUGCGCAGAGGUUAGUACGGAGAUCAACCUUCUCAUCGAGAAUUGGAAGUACCUUCUUGGUGGACUAAUUUUUCAGUACAUACAUGGAGUUGCAGCUCGAGGAGUCCAUUACAUACAUCGGCCGGGUCCAAUUCUUCAGGAUGUCGGUUUCUUCCUUCUCCCUGAGUUGGGACAGGACAAAGCUUACCUCAGUGAGACUCUUUUCACCUUCAUAUUUUUAACCUUUGUUGCGUGGUCUUUCCACCCUUUUAUUCUCAAGAGUAAAAAGAUCUAUACAGUUCUCUUAUGGUGCAGGGUUCUAGCAUUUUUAGUUGCUUGUCAAAUUCUUCGUAUUGUCACAUUCUAUUCUACACAGCUGCCUGGCCCAAACUAUCAUUGUCGUGAGGGUUCAAGACUUGCCACAUUGCCUCCUCCAGAGAAUGCCUAUGAAGUUCUAUUGAUGAAUUUUAGAGGUGUAUUAUACGGAUGUGGUGAUUUGAUUUUUUCAUCACACAUGAUCUUCACUCUAGUUUUUGUGCGGAGUUAUCAGAAAUAUGGCUCACAAAGGUUUAUAAAGCAAUUGUCAUGGUUGUUUGCUGUGACUCAGAGUUUGUUGAUUAUAGCAUCCCGAAAGCAUUACACGGUAGACGUUGUGGUUGCAUGGUAUACUGUUAAUUUGGUGGUCUUUUUCGUGGAUAAGAAACUUCCAGAGUUGCCUGACCGAACAAAUGGAGCUGCAUCUUUGUUAUUACCAUUGAGCACGAAAGACAGAGAUACCAAGACCCGAGAUGAGAGUCACAAGCUCUUGAAUGGGAAUUCUGUAGACCCCACUGAUAGGAGACAGAGGACUCAAGUAAAUGGCAAGAUUCCCGAAGAUGGGAACGCAGUCCAUGUUAAUACCACGAUGAAUGGCGGAGCGUAGCACAAGAAACAGAGCUGCUGCUUGGAGGAGGAUUGUUGUUUAUUUCUUACAAUGUAGAGUAAUGGCUUUCCUUGCGCGUAUGRUUGGCUUCUUUUCCCAAGACUGGUAAUCUGUUAUAUAUCUUAUUGGGAAAUGCAGUAUUUUAGAUUUACUUUCUUUUUCUUUAAUUUCUUCUUCUGAAAGUUGCCGUUUACAUUUGGCAAUCAUUUAGGAAGGAAGGAAGGAAGAGGAGUGGGAAUGAUCCUCUUCUCUUAGUUGGAUCAAGGAAUUAACGUCCCCCUAACCUAGUUUAUUGGUUUAGGUCUCAUUUUGAGUUUAUUUUUUCACUUAGUUUUCUGGAAAAAUUCUAAUGAUGAAGUCGUCGAAAUCGACACCAUUUAUAGAUUACUGAUUGUUGACUUGUGACUUGGGAGAGUUGUGGAGGGAUUGUCAUUGCUAUUUUUUUAAGGUAGAAGGAGAACUUGGGAAAGCAAUCUAUCAAAUCUGAUUUGCUUUGAAAUGGGGAAUUAGAUGUGAAUGCAUAUGGAAGCACAUGACAUUGCCUUAUCAAAAUUAAAAUAAUUCCCAAGUCAA